AUGCAGCCCACACCGGAGAAUGCGAGGCUGGGUGUUCUGGGCGCCGUUGGGCUGUUCUAUCAGGACUGGAGGAGAGUCCCCCGACUCUUGCAGCAUUACGGGCCGGAGGAGGACGCUCCCAGAGUGGCUGUGGUGGAGGCCUUGUUCUUUAUCAAGGAUCUCGAGGACCCCAUCUCCAUCCCUCUCUUGUGCGAGAUAGACGAGAAGAGGAAGGAGAUGCUCAUAGCUCCUCCUACGGAGCAGCCCCUGAUGCUGCUCACGUUCCGGGGCUGA